AUCUGUGACCAGAGGUCACCGUUACGAGUUGGUCGUUUUAAAGCAAAGCACGAUGUCCGCGGACAGCAAACUGGUGUGUGUGCAGGAUUUUGAAGAUUACGCUCGCAGCAUUUUACCUAAAAAUGCCUUGGAUUACUACCAAAGCGGUUCGGGGGAGGAGUACGGCCUGAAGCUGAACAGAGAUGCCUUUCGAUGGAUGACAGACGGUGCAACAUUCAGCCAUGAAGCUCUUCAGUUUACAAGACCAGUAAUUUUGUAUCAGCAAACCGCAGGCGCUGAGGGAGCCAUCUUUACCCUAAGUACUUUGUCGACCAGCAGCAUCGAGGAGGUAGCGGCGGCAGCCCCCGAUACCGUCAAGUGGUUCCAGCUCUACAUUUACAAAGACAGGAAAGUGACAAUGGAUCUGGUUCAGAGAGCAGAAAAGGCCGGCUUCAAGGCCAUCGUCCUGACAGUCGAUGCUCCCGUGUUCGGCAUUCGGUUGGCGGAUCUGCGCAACAAAUUCGUGCUGCCAUCGCACCUACGGUUGGCCAAUUUCGAUGGUCAUUUAUCAACUAAUGUAAAUGACACUACCUCUGGGUCCAGCAUCAACGAUUAUGUCGCAAAUCUCUUCGAUCAAUCGGUGACAUGGGAAGAUGUCAAGUGGUUGAAAAGAUCUACAAAUCUACCUAUCGUUCUGAAAGGGAUAUUGACGGAAGAGGAUGCCAAGAUUGCGGCUGAUUUGGGCGUACAGGGUAUCCAAGUGUCCAAUCACGGAGCUCGCCAGAUUGACGGCACCUUAGCGCCGAUGGAGGCGCUGCCCGCGGUGGCGCGAGCGGUGGGCGGGCGCUGCGAGGUGUUCCUGGACGGCGGCGUGCGGCAGGGCGGCGACGUCUUCAAGGCGCUGGCGGGCGGCGCGAGGGCCGUGUUCGCGGGCCGGCCGCUGCUGUGGGGGCUGGCGGCGGCGGGCGAGGCCGGCGCACGCCAGGUGCUCCGCAUCCUGCGCCGGGAGUUGGACCACACCCUCGCCCUCGCAGGUUGCACGAAGAUAUCCGAUAUCAGACCCUGUAUGAUUGGAUAUGGGUCUCCAUUGCAAAAAUUAUAAUUUUCAAAUAGGCUAACAAAAUUCUGUGCGGUGUAAAAUAGCUACGGUAUGAGUAUAGGUCUAAUCUGCCUCGCAGCUGAAAACGAAUCCAAUGUAAUAAAAUAAUUCAAUAAAUAAAAUAAUUGAAUUACGAUUAUUAUCUUCAGCAUGUAGAUAUAAAAAUGUCAGUAACGACUUGCCGGUACUCAUUCCAGGAUAUCCCCUGAGUCAUUAGAGUUAUUCGAGAGGACACUGAAGAAGGAGAGAAGAAAAACUGUUCCAUAGAGUACUCACAUAAGCAAUGGAAUUGGCUUUGAGAUACAUUAUUUUCUAUCUACAAAUUUAUUCCUUUCCUUUGGACCUUUACCAUCCAUUACACAUAUUCAAUAUUCAUUAAUAUUGUUUAGUUUACAUAGGUAUUGUAGGUAAUGUAG